ACACAGUUGACGUCUGCUCUUUCUCCUUCAUUUCAAAUUUUGGUCAGAUCAGGGUGGCAUCUAAAGGCGAGCAAACGAACAGUGGACUGCAAGCAGUGGCUCAACUAACCUUUACCUCUGAACUAAUGCCACGCAUGGGCAACUCUCGCCUUGACCAAUGUCUUGCAGCAGCGUGUAAUCGCAUAUAGCCCCAGCACUGAUCAGUGACUUUCCAGAGUAUUGCAUCGAGCCACAGCUACACAUAAUAAUUGUAGGCUGACAGCGUCGUGCUAGUCAUCAUGGUUCAUGGAACGAACAGAUCAACGAGUUGGACGGACGAUCUGCCCAAGUGCAACAUGACCGGUUCCGCAAUGGCCCGUAAUGGCCGCUACAAGCCGGAUGGAAAGGUCAACUUUGAACACGACUUCGAGGACCGACAUCUCAGCGUGCGCUACGAUGCUGGAGGUGUGUCAGCCAGUGGUUCAUUCCUGUACGGUGUGUUCGACGGCCAUGACGGAAGUGCCCGUGCAUCAGAAUAUGCACAGGACAAAUUCCCCGCCGACUUGCUCUAUGAUCGACUCGAGAAAGCACACACCGAGAAGCAGCUUUGCGAGGCUCUGCGACAAUCAUUUCUUGCCGUCGAGGGAGGGUUCUUCGCCAGUUUGGAUGCUACGCUGGCAAGACGUGCUCAGAUACGAGGACAGCUUCCUCCGGGUCUGAACGACUAUCAGUUGUAUGAGAAAGUCCCCGGCCUAGUGACAGAGUUGCAGUCGCUGAAUGAGGCCAUCACAGGAGGCACCACCGCUGCGCUGGCUCUCAUCCACCAGAACUCGCUGUUCACGGCCAAUGUCGGUGAUAGCAGGGUCGUCUUGGCAACCUGCGCCAACUCUGUGCUGCCCAUGAUCAGCCAUGUCUCUGGCGGACUUGCUCCGGCCCAAGACCUAGUUGAAGCUCAUCUGCUGACUGUCGACCAUGACUGCAACAACGAUGCUGAAUUGGAGCGUCUUUCCUCCAUUGGCUUGGAUCGUGACCGAAUACGCCGGAACAAACGCGUAGGCAGCCAUGAGAACACGCGCAGCAUUGGCGACUACUCAAUGAAAGGCGGCUACAAGGAGUUCGAGGAGAUCCGGCAAGCGGUCAGCGAGCCCCUGGUAGCGGAGCCAUUCAUCCAGCGUGCCCUGCCCAUACAGAAUAACUGGCUGUUCAUGUUCCUGAUGUCCGAUGGCGUCUACAAGGCGGUGGAGGAAUCCCACGGUCUUCCGUCGCACAUGGCCAACGUCUACAUCGCGCAGAUCAUCUCUCACCUGCUGAUGAGCUCGGCGUCGAUUCAAGCGGCCACCGAGGGCGCUCUGAACUACAUCCUCACCGACCACCUCAAGGCGUUCCUGUCCGGCGAUCAGGAGAAGGCGAUCCGGUGUCGCAAGCGCGACGACUGCACGCUAGUAGUGCGCUGUUUCCAUCACGCCGUUCCGCUGCAGCCCCCACUGGCCGCCGCGCCAGCUAAACCUCCGGUGUACGAGUGCGUCGGUGCGUCGCCCACGAGUACGAGCAGUGCCGGAGGCGAGAACAAGCUGUCCAUCGACACGUCCGGCACUCCAAAGCACCCGGCCGUUGCCACCGCGUCGGCCAGUACGUUCUACACGCCCACCGGGAGUCCGCUACCGCUAGCGUCCGGUGGCCUCAAGCUCUCCAGCAGCGCAACGAGCGGAGAGUACGCGUUCAAGCGUCUCGGCGAGCCGCUUUCAUCGGCCUCCUCCGGCGACAAGACGCCGUUCUUUGCACAGACGUCACAGGGCAGCUCGCAGCAAAAUCCAUUCGUUCCACAAACCAGCGGCGGCGACUUGACUUCGAUCGGCGCGAGCGCGGUCGUUUCCGGCACUACACCCGUGUCGGCGGCGUCUAGCUCUCCGCACUCUCGAGACGGCUCCUUUACCGACCGUCCUGAUCGUGCUGCUGGUCUGUCGUUAUCGUCGUUUUCGAGCGGUUCCAACACCGACCCGUCCCCUACUCAGACCUCUCCUCGUUCGCAGCAGCCGCCGCAGCAGCAGCAGCCACCGUUUGAUCCGUCCAAGUGUCCCCCGGACAUGGUACUACCGCACGCUGGUUUCAGCGUGCCCGCCAACUUUCCAGACCACUUCCCGCCGGAGCUGGACUUUUAGUUCUACCCAGAGUGCUGGGUUUCUUGUCCGCUUUUGCUGUGCAACCGGAAAACAGUGCUGACGGUUCGUGUCUGGGUAUGUGUGUGUACGUGCAUAUUAUAUCAUUAUGUGUGUGUGUGUGUGUGUGUGUGUGUGUGUGUGUGUGUGUGUGUGUGUGUGUGUGUGUGUGUGUGUACAUGCGUGUGUGUGUGUGUGUGUGUGUGUGUGUGUGUGUGUGUGUGUGUGUGUGUGUGUGUGUGUGUGUGUGUGCAUGUGUGUGCGUGUGUCCUGGAAAUCUUGCCAUUGAUAUGGAGGCGCUUCCUCAAUUCGAUGGUAGCGUAUAGGUGACUUUUGUGGUGUGUCUUAUUUUGCUUUGUGUGUGUGUGUGUGCGCGCACGCGCGCGCGCGUGUGUGUGUGUAUGCUGCCAUCAUCUCCGGAUUGGGCAUACUGUACUGUAUUGUGUUGUUUAUGUGUAUACUGCUGAAACUAUUCUUAGUCUGUCUUUUUGUAGUGACUUGUAUACCUAAAGACCUAAAAAAUAUAGAGAAAACAUAAAACACAUGCUAUUUUCAAACUGUUGCUCAUGUUUUUUAUGCCCUUUCUAGUAUGUUUCCAGUUAAUCAUUGUGUGGUUGUACUUCAAGUAAUUGUUGUACUUUGGGAAGUGCAAUUAAAUGUAUCUGACAGUGUCGGAGCUUGACGCCUUCGCUGUUUUUUCAUAAUUAUUGAAUGUGCUGCUAUGCUAAGUCAGCAUUCAAUGCAGUGCUCCUUUUUACUGUGGCUGCUCUGCGUAUCAUGGACGGUUUAGUGCUUCUAAGUUCUCGGUCUCUUUUCGUUGAGCUGUUUUUGUUUUGUUUGUAUGGUCCCUGAACUUCACUGCAAGCUGCUUGCACAAGUUCACCGCAGACUUUUUUUCGUUCUGUGUUCCCGCUGUGUCCGCGUUGCGAGUAUGCUGUGCCCUUUUGUUUGCGGCUGUCUGUUGGAAUUGCUGAACUAACAGGUAGCUGCUGCGCUGCACUAAUAACGUUAUCCAUUUUAUGUUCAUUGGUUAUUUUCAACAUUAUCUUUGGUGUGUCGUCUA